AUGAAUUCUAAAAUUAAAGGUAUAACGGAUGAUAUAACAUCAAUUCCACCAGAAGAACAGAGAUAUUACGCAUUAAAUGCGUUUCCUAAAGUUUUGAAGAUUGGAAGAUUUAAUUUAAAUGAGGAAUUCAUAGAAGGUUUCCUAAAUGACAUAAUGAAGAAAGCAGAUAAGGAAUAUGUGGAUGGUGAGUUAAUGAAGAAAGCUGAUAAGGAAUACGUUAAUACUGAAUUAAUGAAGAAAGCAGAUAAGGAAUAUGUGGAUGGUGAGUUAAUGAAGAAAGCUGAUAAGGAAUACGUUAAUACUGAAUUAAUGAAGAAAGCAGAUAAGGAAUAUGUGGAUAGUGAGUUAAUGAAGAAAGCUGAUAAGGAAUACGUUAAUACUGAAUUAAUGAAGAAAGCUGAUAAGGAAUACGUUAAUACUGAAUUAAUGAAGAAAGCAAAUUUGGUUUAUGUUGAUGAAAAAGAUAAUGAAAUUAAAGAAAAUGUUGAAUGGUAUCAUGAAUGGACAAUGAAGACUUUUAAAGUUAAAGCUGAUACAAAAUGGGUUUCAGGAUGUUUAGACCUUAAAGCAGAUAAAACAUAUGUUAACGAUGAGUUAGAGAAGAAGGCAGAUAAAACAUAUGUUAACGAAAUAUACCAAAGUUUGAUAGGAACAACAAAAAAUAUUGAAACUAUUGUUGGUGACUUUUCUGUCAAUGAAGAAAAUAAAUAUUUUAGAUGGCAGUUUGUACACUCCUUAAAAAAUGGUGCACGGUGUAAACUCAUUCCGAAAAAUAACAAUGAAAUGUAUGUAAGCUAUAAAAAGAAUGAUGGUACACAAGUUAAAGUUCCAUUAGACAACAACUGCUACUUAAACUUAUAUGGAGACGAACAAAAGAAAUAUUUAAGAGUUUAUGAAAUGGCAGAUAUGACAUUGCCUGACCCAGCUCCAGCACCAUAUUAUUAUGACUAUGGAGAUGACGACAGAACACCACAUGUAGAUGAACAAAAGCUAACAUUAUAUUUAGAUUAUUAUAGAUAUAAAAGAUAUAAUGCAAUAGAAAAAACGAGAAUAGUAUAUUAUUAUACAGAUGACAGAAAUAAAUAUUAUAGUCAAGAUUUUACCUACCUUGAAAACAUAAGAUUAUAUUAUAAAAAAUAUUCUAACACAAACCAGAAGAAACCUGAAAUAGUUGCACUAUAUUUUAAGUUCAAAAGAGACAAUCCUAUAAUAUCUCAUAUCUUUGAUUUAAUGAACCCAGUAGGUUCUAUUUAUACAUCUAUGGAUGCAAGAGGUCCUCAAGUAAUGUUUGGUGUUGGUGCGUGGGAACAAAUAGUUGACAGGUUUUUGUAUUGUGCAAACUCAAGGGGGAAGUAA